AACCAGUUGAUGGGUUUCUUCAGCUAUUGGGCCGUUGGCGACACGGUGAAGAACUGAAGACGACUCUAGCCGCCGCCAGCCCUCGUCGUCCGAGCGACCGCCACCGCCACCGCGGCUCCCGCCAAUUUCCAAACCCCAACCCGGCUUUCCCGCCACAGCCAUUCCCCAACGCCCCCCUCUCCCUCCCAUGGCGACGCCCUCGGCGGCGACGCGGAAGAAGCUGCAGCGCAAGUUCCGGCUGCGCGGGUUCACCCUCAAGGUGGACGCCCUCGAGGAGGCCGCCGCCUUCCUGGCCCGCUUCCCCGACGCCGAGGACGACGCCCUCGACCUCCUCCUCGACGAGCUCGACAAGGAGCCACUGCAGUCGUCGAUCCUUGACCGGGACGCGGUCCGGCGCGUGGUGGCGCUGCUUGUCGAGGCGGAGGAGGCGGUCGAUGCGGCGUCUCCGGCGGCCACCAGCGCGCGCUCGGCGCUGCGGGUGGUGGAUUCGUUCGUCGUGCCACGGUUCCACUACGAUCCAAUCAAGAAAGUCUUCUACGAGCAUACCAGCAGAUUACUCAUCCAUGGAGAAGCUGGAGAUAAAGCAGCCCUAUACAGGGAUAGGUAUCAGGUUCUGCUUUAGAGGCUUGCUCGUGACAAAUACUUUUCUAAGCCAGCUUUUGACACUGUUAUGACCGAAGAUGAUAAUUGUGAGAUAACUUCUAUACAGUCUCUAAUUGGGUGCACUGGUCGGAGAUGGAUUAUGGGGGUCAUAUCACAGUUGGAGGAACGCCAAUUCUACUUGGAGGAUCUUACUGGAGCUGUGCCAAUUGACUUAUCAAAUGCUAAAAUCACCUCAGGUUUCUUCGUUGAAAACACCGUAAUUUUAGCAGAAGGGGAAUUGCUUUCAAAUGGCAUUUUCCAGGUAAAUACAUGUGGAUUUCCUCCUUUAGAGGAUAGGGAAGCAUCACUUUCGAUGCUUAUGGGGCUUGAUUUCUUCGGUGGAGGUGUCAUAGCAGCUGAAGAAACAGUAAGAUUAUCAACCUUAGAGAAGAAGGCCAUGAAUGAUAUGUUUGUGAUACUUUCAGAUGUUUGGCUUGACAGUUCUGAGACCAUGGAGAAAUUAGGUGUUGUUCUUGAUGGUUAUGAUAGUGUAGAAGCAGUUCCUUCCCUCUUUGUUUUAAUGGGCAAUUUCUGCUCCCGGCCUUGCAAUCUGGCAUUCAAUUCAUUUGAAGAACUCAGAUUACAGUUUGGAAAGCUUGGUGAGAUGAUUGCAGCUCGAUCUAGGUUAAAGGAACAUAGUCGUUUUUUAUUCAUUCCUGGUCCUGAAGAUGCAGGCCCUUCUAAAGCCCUCCCAAGGUGUACACUUCCAAAAUAUCUAACUGAGGAACUGCAGAAGCACAUCCCAAAUGCAAUAUUCGUAAGCAACCCCUGCAGGGUGAAGUUUUAUACACAAGAAAUUGUGUUUUUCCAGCAAGACCUCCUAUAUAGAAUGCGGCGGUCUUGUCUAAUUCCCCCAACAACAGAAGAAACAAGUGACCCUUUUGAGCAUCUGGUAGCAACCAUCACCCAUCAGAGUCAUCUUUGCCCAUUGCCUCUUACAGUUCAGCCUAUCAUAUGGAACUAUGAUCAUUGCCUUCGGCUCUACCCUACUCCUCACACGAUAGUACUUGGUGACAAGAGCGAGCAGAAGGCCUUCAAAUACGCAGGAAUAACUUGCUUCAAUCCUGGUUCUUUUGCUAACGACAGCAGCUUUGCAGCUUACCGUCCUUGCACUAAGGAGGUUGAGCUUUCUGCAUUAGAAAGUUAAUACUAAAGAGGAGAGAUCAAAAUGAAGCUCGCCAAUUUGGUAACCUGUAUCAUCCAAACUACCAUUCUCCAAAUCUUCAGUUAACUCCCUAUCGGUUAUCGCCACAUACAUCAGGCUGAUAUUUAACUAUUUAAGGUGGAGUUCAUUUUCAUGCAAGCUAAUUUGAGAUGACAUAAUAUGCAUGACGUUGUGGUUGGUGCUUCUCUUAGGCAAACUGAUGAUGACAUUUCGUUUGUCCUCAUAGAUGGCAUCAUGGUAGUGGUUUCUUAACAAGGACCCCUCUAAUGGCAUUGUACUUAGCAUAGCAGAAUAUUUUGCUGUCCUAUGCUUAAGUCACAAAAUGGGGUUCAGGCACUUUGAAAUAUCUAGGCUUAAAUUGUUGUAAACAAAGAAUUAAUAUGGCUGAGUUACAUGUGAGCUCUACAGAAUUCUGCACGCCCUGCUUUGUGGAACAUUUUGAUGAACUGACAUCUCAACGUCAACCACGAAGAUCAACACGAACCUGAGUUGGUUUUCUGAUUACAUUCGAACUCAUUGAGACCUUGAAGAAUUGGAAGAGAACUUCAUCUUUUGGUUGUGGUUGUCGAUGCUGAAGUCCAACUUGGUAUCCCCAAUGUCCUUUUGCUUUGGGACCUUUGCAGUCGUGCAAGAUAGUGGGACGCCAGAAACACCAGAUCUCACUAGAUCUGCAAUAAAUGUACAAACCAAUAUAUUUCUUGGUUUGUUCGAUAUGGCCAUAUGGGACUAAAUCCAAUAUAUUUCUUAUUUUCAAGAGUGAAUGUGAUGGCUUCUUUUACUAUACCUAUAA